AUGGAAAAGAAGGCUGAGAUGGUGUCUCUGCUUGGCGGGGAAAAAGUUCAGGACAAAUGCAAGGCUGACCAGAAUUUCACUCAAACCUCAACACACCGCACACCGCACACCACCACACCACCACACCACCACACCGCACACCAUACAAUUCCCUCAUCAGCAUGUCUCAAUAACCUCGAUGGAAAAGGUUCCGCAACGUCAAAGACUGACCUCUGGCACUGGGUCACCCCCCGUACCGCCAUGCAUUCGCUCGUCCAACCCAACGCCUGGGUCGUCCUCCGCCUCACCUCCGACUCCCUCAAGAUCCUCCAAAUAACCCCCAAUACAACGAUCUCCAUCCCCAAAUAUGGCACUUUCCCUUCUAACCUCAUCCUUGGCCGCCCCUACAACCACACCUACGAACUCCUCGACCGUCUCCCUGGCCACAAAGACUCCUCCCUGCGCAUUGUCCCCGCCUCUGAGCUCCACGCCGAUACCAUCGCCGAAGAACUUGCUGCCCAGAAUCCCCCUGCCAACGGAAAUGGCACUUUGAAGGACGACAAGAUCAUCAUCGGCGGCGACGGCGUCGAGUUCCAGCUCGUCGGCGAGAAUGGCGAGGUGAUCAUGCGCUCCAAUCGCGAAACCAUUGAUGACUCGGCUCGCCAAACCCUCACAAUGUCUGAAAUCGAAGAACUCAAACGGGAAGGAACGGGUGCCGGCAAAGACCUCAUCGCGAAGCUGAUGGCGAGUCACUUGGGGAUAGAAGAAAAGACAAAGUUCAGUCUUGCAAAAUACAAACUACUGAAGACGAAGAAGUAUCUGAGACGGUUCACCAUCCUGCCGGUCGACGUGCCGAUGUUGACGCGGUGGAUUGGGGAGGAGAAGGAUGCAGGGAAGGUGUUGACCUGUAGGGAGGAGAUGUUGGCGCUGGUAGGGAGCUGGGCGAAUGUGCACUUCUCUGAAGCCCCGGAAUCGCACCCUGACCUCACCGGAGGACGGUGGCUCGUUGUGGAUGAAACGGGUGGGCUUCUUGUCGCAGCGCUGGCAGAACGGAUGGGGAUAUUACAUCCCCAUGAAGACGAAGACGAUGAUGCAGAAGGCGAAGGGGAACAAAUAUCAACGACCCGCCACAACGACUCCCCGCUCGCAAAAUCCAACACCAUCACCCUCAUCCACAACAACGCGCAGCCCAACCUCUCUCUCCUAAGAUACUUCUCUUACGACCCUACCGCUUCUCCCCCCACACAUCCCAACCACCCCCUCACAACACACCUGCACCAGAUCUCCUGGCUGCAACUGAUAGCCCCGGACCAGGAUACCACAUACUCGACGCCAGUCACCCCUCUCUCCGAAGAAGAACUCGCCUCGAUGAAAUCCGGAAAAAGAGGAACCUACUAUCGCAAACUACGACGCCACAACCGAGUCAAGCAAGUCGUGCACGCGACUCUAGAAGGAAAAUUCGACGGGCUGGUGGUAGCCUCACACAUGGACCCCACCUCCAUUCUACGGCACACCGUCCCCCUACUCCGCGGCGGCGCCCAAGUCUCCAUCUACUCGCCCACCAUCGAGCCCCUCGUCACACUUUCAGACGUCUACUCCACCUCCAGAAGAACGGCAUUCAUCCAGGCACCGCCGCAAUCCUUCUUGGACCUCGAACAUCUCUCCCCAUCUCCCCUCACCACUCCAAACCCAAGCCCAAACCCACACCCUGAGGCGCCCCCCAAGACAGCCGCUGACCUGGAAACCGCUCAAGCGAAAUGGCCCGGCGACGCCGAUUUUCCACUCAACCCCACCCUCCUCCUCUCCACCUCCGUGCAAAGCGCUCGCAGCAGACCAUGGCAAGUCCUACCCGGCCGCACGCACCCGCACAUGACGGGCAAGGGCGGCGCGGAGGGCUACCUAUUCACCGGGACGAGGGUCCUGCCCGCCCAGGGACGGAUCGAGGCGAGGGGGAAGUUCGUCCGGCGGAAGGUAGUUCAAGAAAAGGACAAGGAAACGGAGAAAGCGGUGAGAGGGGGUGAAGCAAAUGAAGAGGGCGUCAACGAUGAUGUUAAUAAUGAAAUUGACGCUGAUGAUGAUGCUGAUGGAGUGAAAAUCGUCGCCGAAAAUAGGAAAUCGGUUCUGGAUAAGCGAGAAAGAGACGGAGAAGGGGAGGGGCGCGGGAAAGUUGUGGAAGCGGCCAUGAGAACUGUGGAGGGUGUGCUUCUUGUCAAUGGAGAAGGCCCGCCGAAGAAGCGGAAGCUUGAUAAUAUAUAA